AUGGAAGUUGACCUUAAAAAACGUAUGUGUGAACAACUCAGUCAUACAAUGCUAUUUUCAAUUCAUGCUCGGGCAGCAAACGCCAUAGUAGCCGAUGUUGCUCCUUAUCGAAUUUCCGCUGAAGCAUUAAUUUCAAUAAAUACUUUUCUCGAUGAAUUCUUGUAUUUCGUCAUAGACUCGGCUAGGUCUUUGGACUUGGUUAAAAUAAAACAAUCAAUUUCUCAAGUAUUACCCACAACAUUGGGAAAAAAUGCUAUACAAGAAGCUGAGCUUGAACUUAAAACUUAUGUGGAAAGCGGAAACUCCGAUAGUACCCAAGAAAAAACUAUAGAAAUAACUCCUUUUCCUCUACAAAAAGUAUUCGAACAAUUUCGUGCUAAUUGUCAAUUCUUUAGUACUCUAGGGGAACGUGGUAUUGAUGAACGUGAUUCUAAAAUGGCCCCUAAUUUAUAUGCUAAUGAAGGAAUUCAUAUCGCUCCUAGUCUAGCUAUUUAUUUAACCGCGGUUUUGGAAUAUGUUGGUGAACAUGUAUUAAUAUUGGUGGCUAAAGCUACAGAAAAACAUGGUACAAGUGUAGCUAAAAUGAAAGAAGUUUACACUGCUUUGGUAGAAGACAAUCAAAUAAGAGCUGUAUUUCGACAGACUAGUCUUAAAGUUGACCUGGAGGAAAAAUUACAAAUUAAAUCUCCGGCGUCUCCCAUAUCUCCUAAAUAUGCCAAUUCUGAAUCUAUUAAAUCUCCUCAUGAUGAUGAGACUUUGCUUCGGUCACCAACUACUCCUAAUAAUGGAAGACCAUUGUCUGAUGGAGUUGCACAGAACAGCAAAAAUUCUUCUCCAAGGUCUCCAGACGGUGAUAGUUUGGAAUAUAAUAUGAGGUCAACAAGAAGUAUGCAAAGCUUACAAUAUUCCAGUGAAAAAGAUGAUAUGAGAUGUCAAUCUAGAACGGGUGAUUAUGCAGAAAAGGCGAGAAACUUUGAAAAUUUAAUCGAAAAUAAUCAAACGGUCAAAAUAUCUUUAACUCCAAAUAGAAUUAAAACAAUUGAGGCAACCGAAAUUCGAACCGCGAAAAAACCCAAAAAACAAGAAAGUCUUUAUGAAUUUUUAAAAAAUACUGAUCCAGAUGAUAUUUUCGGUGAUUCAAAAAUUAGAAAAAAAGAUUCAAAAGUGGACCUCAUUCAAAGACGUGGAAAGGAUAUUAGCAGAUUGAAUUCUGUACCUGAACUUCCGACUAAACCAUCUUCUAAUAAACCUAAAUAUAUUCCUCUAAUACCUCCUGGAACUGAUAUUAGUAGCAUAACUUCUACUACUUCUCAACCAGAAUAUUCGAAAAAUAACAAAUCUAUGAAUCAAACUUAUUAUAAUAAUGAUGCCGCAAGUAAGAGCACAAGUCAUCUUCAAAAUGGUAAAAAACCUACUCCCAUAAAACUAAAACCGAGACCUGAACCAUUAUAUUUAAAUGAUGAUGAGGAUCUAUUUUUUACUGACGGUCAAAAACGUCCAAGACGACGUCAAACUCAAGAUCUAAUAGAUUUCUUUAAUUCAGAAGUACCACCUGAUGUGUUACCUUCUACAAACAAUCCAUCACCUGAAAGUGGUAAAAAAUCGGAAAAGAAAUUCAAGAGAUUUUUCUCUAAAUUGAUGAAACAACCAUCAAAUGAAGAUAUAGAUAAUUUUAAUCAAAGACCGGCAAAAACUCCAAAUACUCCUAAUAGUUACAUUUCAACUACAAGUACCUUAGUUAAUAGUAAACCUCAACCAAAAUAUGUCAAGAUCCAGAUUCCACAAAUGCCAGCUAAAGAAACUCAGGAGCAAAGUAUUUAUGAUCAAGUACAAAUUCAAGGAAGACACGCUCGUCAUACUUCACGUAAUAGUUUAGGUUCUGCUCUUACACAAUCGCCAAAUAAAUCUAUGUUUUCAAUGACUGAGAAAUCUCAAAUACAAUUGGAACAACAAAAAGAUGUGGUUAAACCGUCACCUAAACAGCCAACAACUCCCAUUUCUUCAGAUAAUAAUUAUAAUUUACAGUCAAAUAAGGCACAACUUGAACAAGAAAAGAAUUUAGUUAAAAAAUCAAAUGAUCAACCUAAACGAUCGAAAACACCCACUCCUUCAGAUAAUAAUAAUAAUUUACAGUCAAAUAAGGCACAACCUGAACAAAAGAAUUUGAUUAAAAAAUCAGAUGAUCAACCUAAACGACCGAAAACAACCACUCCUUCAGAUAAUAAUAAUAACUUACAGUCAAAUAAGUCACAACCUGAACAAAUGAAUUUGGUUAAAAAAUCAGAUGAUCAACCUAAACGACCGAAAACACCCACUCUUUCAGAUAAUAAUAACAACUUACAGUCAAAUAAGUCACAACCUGAACAAAAGAAUUUGGUUAAAAAAUCCAAUGAUCAACCUAAACGACCAAAGACACCCACUCCUUCAGAUAAUAGUAAUAACUUACAUCCAAAUAAAACUCAACCUAAACAACGAAAUAGUUUAGUUAAAAAAUCAAAUGAUCAACCUAAACGACCGAAAACACCUACUCCUUCAGAUAAUAAUAAUUUACAAUCAAAUAAGGCCCAACCUGAACAACAAAAGAAUUUAGUCGAAAAAUCAGACAACUUUAUUGAAGAACUAAUUUACGCAGAAAUUUCUCUUGAACAAGUUUCAUCAGAAACCAAGGAAUCGAAACCAAUAAUUAUUAUAGAAGAAAUAGAUGAAUCUGAAGAAGCAUUAAUUGUUGAAUGGUUAAUUGGUACCGGUUUAGCAUUUAAACAAGCUAGACCUAUCGUCCAAGAGGAACCGUUAAUUUCCGAUGUCGAUCUACCAAUUGAAAAUCGCAUCGUCACAUGUUAA